AUGUUCGAACCUGGAACUAUAGUGCUCGCAAAGGUGAAGGGAUACCCGGCAUGGCCGUCGAUGGUGAUUCCCUUUGAGUCGCUACCAGACCAAAUCAAAGCCGUAAGGCCAAAGUCUGCGCAGACCGUCAAGCGCCGCGGCUCCAAGCUGUUCUCGGGUCCAAAGAAACGUAAGACCCCGCAGCAGGAAGCCUCAUUGGUUUGCGUGAGGUUUCUGGCGGAUGACAACUACAUCUGGUGUCUGUCUUCUGAUUUAUCCCCUCUGAGCGCUUCCCAGAUCGACGCGUUUCUUGCCAAGCGCGGAACAACGAAGCGCGCAAGCGCGAUCGUGGAUGCGUACAGACUGGCGUUGGACCCGCCCGAUCUAGACCGUUAUGUACAAUAUGGAUCACUUGGCCAGCCUGAGCCUGAACCUAUUCCGGAGCCAGAGCCGGAGAUUGAAGAGGCGUUCGUCCCCAACGAAGAGGACGGCGAAGAAGAGGACUAUGUCGAAUCUGGGUCUGAAUCGCUGCCUGAAUCUACAGACUCUGGAUCUGAGUCUGAGUUUGAAACGGACACUUCAAGACCAGCUCCGGUGGCUCAUGAUAUUGUUUCGUCCCUCAACAAGACCCGACCAGUUCUGGUAGACUCGAGGCUGAAACUGCAGGAGUUGCUUGAGACUUAUGAUCCAGUGCCAAAGUCGGCUCAAUCAAAAUAUGACAAGAUUUUGUCCCAGCUGGCUACAACUGAUGCACCGGUUAGUUUGGUGCGGUCUACGAACUUGCACCGUGUUUUGGUGGGAAUUUUGAAAAAGCCUUGUUUUGCAAGCAACAGUUUCCGCAAGGGCGCGGAUUUGUUGGUCCGCGACUGGUUCGGGAUCACCGUUGAAAUUGACGAGGCUUGGAACGAGACGGUGGAGGAGGAAGAGGUGGAGGUUACUGAGACUGAGAAGUCAGAGUCCGACACAAAAAUAGAGACCGAUACGGUGGUUCCAGCAACUGCCUAA